GAAUACUAGAAUGUUUUUGUUUAUAAUUAUCGUUUUUUGUUUUUUGGUCAGAUAAUUAUGUAUUGUUUUUGUAACGUCGCUAGCUUGUUGCACAUAUUCGUUUCUCGUAUGAUUGGAGCAACUUUCACUUCACAAAUGUGUAGUCAGCCAACCAAUCCGGUUAAGCAUAUGACUGUUGUGCUUUAAUAUUUGCCAAAAAGUAAUAAAAUUAGCAAUUAGCGUUAAAGCUUAAAGCAUUAUAAAUUUAUUUAACAAAGUUUACAACUAUUUAUAACUACAUGACUGCAACAUCUACGUUAAAAAGCCGCAAUGGCAAUCAAGUUAUUAACAACAAUCUUGCAGAAGUGCCUACCACCAAAAGGCAUGAUAAUCAGACUAAUAGUGUUCAAAAGACUGAUGAUCCUGCUGGAAAGAAUUCGCGUUCAAUGAUGACCUUAAUAUUUAUUUCGCUUUUGUUUGACUUACUCGCUUUUACCAUGAUCCUCCCACUAAUGCCUUCCCUGCUCGAGCAUUACCGUCAGAAUGACAGCUCUGGGUUGUAUAAUUUGAUGACGCGGCGAAUACAUUGGUUUCAGCAACUUGUUGGGGCUCCAGAACGAUACACAUCGGUAUUGUAUGGUGGUUUUUUAGGAUCCAUGUUCAGUUUUUUACAAUUUAUAGCUAGUCCCAUUGUUGGUGGGCUAUCCGACUAUUAUGGACGUAAGCCGUUAAUGUUCAUUUGUGCGAGUGGUAUUGCUUUAUCCUAUCUCCUAUGGGCUUUCUCCAGUAAUUUUGCACUUUUUGUACUAGCACGAUUUGUUGGCGGGAUCAGCAAAGGUAACAUAUCCCUUUGCAUGUCAAUUAUCACUGAUGUGUCCAGUGUUAAGACACGUGCAUUUGGUAUGGCACUUGUUGGUGUCGCCUUUUCGGUGGGCUUCAUUGCUGGUCCCACAAUUGGUGCGUUAUUUGCGCGUUCAUUAAAUAAAUCAGUAGAAUCUUGGUAUUUGGCACCCUCAUUAUGUGCCUUCACUUUUGCUAUAUGUGAUUUAGGAAUCAUUGCAUUUGGUCUAAAAGAAACAUUACCAAAAGAAAAACGCGUAAAAGAGAUAUCAUCGGCGAUGUCAUAUGCUAUUCAAUUAUUGGACGUGCGAUCAAUAUUCAGAUUCUCUGCAAUUAAGAAAGUGUCCAAUGCCGAAAUACUUGCACUUCGUAAAAUAGGGCUAAUUUACUUCUUAUACCUAUUUCUGUAUUCCGGUUUGGAAUUCACUGUCACAUUCUUAAUGUACCACAAGUUCGGCUACAAUUCCAUGGAGCAAGCAAAAAUGUUUCUUAUGACAGGUGUUGUCAUGGCCAUUCUGCAAGGAGGAGUUGUUCGGAGACUACCUCCUCAGGCGACAAAGCCAUGUGCUGUAUUUAGUUUGUAUCUGAUUGUACCUGCAUUUAUAUUAGUUGGAUUAGCGAAGGAUGGAUAUUUGCUAUAUGCAGGCAUGUUCCUUUUUGCAGUUUCCACAGCCUUUGCUGUUACCUGCCUAACCACAUUGGUUUCACGCUAUGGCAAUGACGAUCAAAAAGGUUCGGUGCUCGGUAUUUUCCGUUCUUUGGGUGCCUUGGCACGUGCAGUUGGUCCAGUUGUUGGUUGUAUUUCGUUUUGGAGCUUUGGUUCGCGACUAACUUAUAUUACUGGCGGUCUUUUAUUACUGGGCCCAGCGUACAUUUUACAAAAGUCAAAGCUUUAAUAAUUUAAAUAUUAAGCAAGAAAUUUUAAAGUAUUUAAACAUGGGUUUCGUGCCGUACAGUAUCAUAAAUAAUAAUUUGCAUAAAGUGCUCAUUAAUUUAUUGUGUAUUAUGAAAUUUUCUUUACUUAUAUUUUUAUAUCAUUUUAGUAUUUAAGAAUAAAGUUGUAUCGAAUAUUGCCAAAAAUUAAUUAAAUAUA